AUGAAGCUCAGUGGCAUAAUCGUAAAUAUUUUGAAGUGGGAUUUUUGGUUAAAAGACGGAAUUGCCCCCGUCUCUCGGAGACACUCUCUCUCUCCCGCGCGUCGCUCUCUCUCUCCUCUGGUUCGCGACAGCCACCGUGGCCGACCACGUUUUGGCCGGCCGUUCGCUCGUCCGGCCACCAAAGUCGACGGGGCCGGUACCAAAAUGACCGGGCCGCCGUCCUCUUCCUACCCCGGCCAGGUCCCGCCGCCAGCUGCCGUGAUUUCGCCGGAAAACGAGGAGAAAAGCUCCGGUUUUGACAGAAACUUCGCCGGCUUCGUUCUCCGUCGUCCGACCACCGAUUCCGGCAAGCAACUCGAUUUACGAAUUGGGUUUCGGCCGGAUUUCGGGAUGAGAUUCCGGCCACUUCCGGUCAGUUUUUGGGGUACGUCCAAGAACAAAAGUGACUCCAAAUUAGGUGUAUUACCUAGGGUAGGAGUCUUGAGCCGUGAUCUGUGGUUUUUCCGGCGAUGCGAUAUCGCUUUGGACACCCACGCGCUGCCGGCGCGUGUGGCGGCGCGUGGGCACUGUAGCUGA